ACACAUGUGUGAGUCUAUGGUCAGGUUACGCAUUCAAUGGGACAAGACUGCAGCUCGCAUUGCCAUUUAAUUUCACACUUGCCUGUAGAAGUGUCUUAGAGAUCACGGAUUCUGUCUUCAUCUUAUUGUCACCAUAAAUUAAUAGAAUGCUGCGUUUGCCUGCUUUGAUGAGACAAGCCCGACCAGUGUGCAGGGCCUUAGCUCCCCACCUGACUCGUGCCUACGCCAAAGAUGUCAAAUUUGGAGCCGAUGCACGCGCCCUCAUGCUUCAGGGGGUUGACCUGCUCGCAGACGCUGUUGCAGUUACCAUGGGACCCAAGGGUCGCACUGUCAUCAUUGAACAGAGUUGGGGAAGUCCCAAGGUCACCAAGGAUGGUGUGACAGUGGCCAAGAGCAUUGACCUGAAGGACAGAUACAAAAACAUUGGUGCCAAGCUGGUUCAAGACGUGGCUAAUAACACCAAUGAAGAGGCUGGAGAUGGCACGACAACUGCCACUGUUCUGGCUCGUGCCAUCGCCAAAGAGGGCUUCGACACAAUCAGCAAGGGAGCCAAUCCUGUGGAGAUCCGCCGUGGGGUGAUGCUUGCAGUGGAAACUGUUAUCUCUGAAUUGAAGAAGCUCUCCAAACCGGUCACCACACCAGAGGAAAUCGCUCAGGUUGCAACCAUCUCAGCCAAUGGAGACAGCGAGGUGGGAAACAUAAUCUCCAACGCCAUGAAGAAAGUGGGUCGUAAAGGGGUCAUCACGGUGAAGGAUGGCAAGACGCUUCACGAUGAGCUGGAGAUCAUCGAGGGGCUGAAGUUUGACCGUGGCUACAUCUCCCCAUACUUCAUCAACACUGCCAAAGGUCAGAAGUGCGAGUUCCAGGAUGCCUACCUGCUGCUCAGUGAGAAGAAGAUCUCCAGCGUCCAGAAUAUUGUGCCUGCUCUGGAGAUUGCCAACCAGCACCGCAAGCCUCUGGUCAUCAUCGCCGAGGACGUGGACGGAGAGGCCCUCAGCACACUGGUCCUUAAUCGACUGAAGGUUGGCCUUCAGGUUGUGGCAGUGAAGGCGCCUGGAUUUGGCGACAACAGGAAGAACAUGCUCAAGGACAUGGCCGUCGCCUCUGGAGGCACCGUGUUUGGGGAUGAGGCUGUUGGCUUGGCUUUGGAGGAUGUUCAGCCACAUGACUUUGGGAAGGUGGGUGAGGUGCAGGUCACCAAGGACGACACGUUGAUCCUGAGGGGCCGCGGCGACCCCGGCGCCAUCGAGAAGCGCAUCAGCGAGAUUGCCGAGCAACUGGACAACACCACAAGCGAUUACGAGAAGGAGAAGCUUAACGAACGGCUGGCCAAGCUCUCCGACGGCGUGGCUGUGCUGAAGGUUGGCGGUACUAGUGAUGUGGAGGUCAAUGAGAAGAAGGACCGCGUGACCGAUGCCCUGAAUGCCACCCGGGCGGCUGUGGAAGAGGGCAUCGUGCCCGGAGGAGGCUGUGCCCUGCUUCGCUGCAUCCCUGCUCUGGAGACCAUCGUGCCAGCCAACGCUGACCAGAAGAUUGGCAUUGACAUCAUCCGACGUGCCCUGCGUGUGCCGGCCAUGACGAUAGCGAAGAACGCGGGGGUGGAGGGCUCCCUGGUGGUGGAGAAGAUCCUGCAGCUGGAGGGCCUGAUGGGAUACGACGCCAUGCAGGGCGAGUACGUCAACAUGGUGGAGAAGGGCAUCAUUGACCCCACCAAGGUUGUGAGAACAGCGCUGCUUGAUGCUGCUGGUGUGGCAUCUCUCCUGUCCACUGCCGAGGCGGUCGUCACGGAGAUUCCCAAGGAGGAGAAAGAGGGCGGCAUGCCAGGCGGUAUGGGUGGGAUGGGAGGUAUGGGAGGUAUGGGUGGUAUGGGUGGAGGUAUGUUCUAAAACCCCACCCAGAUUCCCCGGAUACCCCUACACCAUGAGGGACCUGGUGCUGGAGCCAGACAAAAGUGCUCUCUAUCGCCCUCCCCCCGGACAGGGUUUGGGAUUACAUCAGUAAGACAGAAACUGUGCACAUCAAGACUCUAUACAACCACCACGCCAGGCAUGUUACAUCUAACACCAUCUGCAUCAAGCUGCCUUUGAAGGACACUUUCUAUGAGGAACAGUUGAACUGCUACUGCUACUCACAGUUAGGCGCUAACAUAAUAUCCUUCAUUUGAUGUCUGGUUGAAAAGCUCAUGCCUGAACCAAUGAAGACUAUGAAUCAUGUGAACUUGUUACUGUUUCCUUUGGGGUUAUGUUGAUGUGUGCAGAAAAUCCUGUUCCUUGUUUUACAUGAGACGCCUGAUUGAUUUAGUUUUUUUUUUGUUAGUUUUUUUUUUGUAAUUAUCUUAUGCUGGGAUGAUUUUGAUCUUUGCCUGUGUAAUUGCAACUGACAGAAAAGAGGGCUUUGCUCCCUGUCCAUUUCACGUUGUGAAGUUUGUCUGUGAUGUUUGCUCUGAAUGUUUCCCUUCCGUUUUUCCUCAUUAACUAUUAAGUCCAUAGAAAUGGUUAAUGUCCGCAGGAUAUUUUUAUGUGUUGUUUGUCAGAUGCACUUGAUAACAAGACACCAAGAUGGGCCGACUUUGAUUCUGCUAUAAACAUUUCAGAAUGACUGAGUAUGUUAUAACCUCUUUGUUUUGAAUUUGUGAGGCCUUGUUGGAAAAAUCUGGGGUGGCCAGUAGAUGGCGCUGUAAUAGAUAUCUAGUUCACAACUACUGUAUAUGUAAACAAAACAUACACAUGAUAACAAUCAAUGUUGAUAAUGGUAUCGUUUAAAUUCUCUAAAAAUAAUAUUUUCAAUUUCACCACAAAUACUUUGGUACCUUUUUUGUCCCCUCUAUCAACUGUCAACUGAUGUAAGUUGAAAUGAAGGGAUCUGUAUUGCUCUCAAACUUAAAAAAAUGAAUAACAUCAACUCAAGACAGGUUAUUUGGUGUGGAUUUGCUGAGCCCUGUGUGAAUCUGUAUGUUUUUUUUACAAGUUCCCUUAUGUGCUUUUGAUCUUACUGUGCUUCUGCAAAUGUUUCGGUGAUCACUUGAUGGCAAAUCAAAGAAAACUCGGCAAAGAUGUAUUAAUACUUAAUGUUUUGUUUGUUUUUUGUUUUUGUACAAUAUAGUAAAAUGAAAAUACUUUAUAAUAAAAUCAAACAUCUAAACAUUA